AGAAAUUGGCAAAAAUUGAAUUACCAAUAUACAAACCUGAUGAAUGCUUUUUAAUUUCAUUUAUUGAAAAAUUGAUAACUAUUAGCAAUUCUAUUAAACAUAAUUUAGAAAAGCUAAUAACUAUAGAUGCUAUGCUAGUUGAGGAUCAGAAUAGUGAUAAUUAUAGCGAUGAUUCUGAAAAUGACCUACUUAUUACUGAGAAUACUAGAACUUUUAACAUUAAUUUUUGA